AUGUUUCUCCUUCCGCUAUUCUUGGGCGGCGUAGCCUCGGUGGGCGCAGUGUCCCCUCUAGCUGGCGUCAACAUCGCGGGUUUCGAUUUUGGCGUGGAAAUUACAGGGACAGCAAAUCUCCAAAAUGCGCAGGGUCCUCUUAUGGUCCUUGGGAACAGCGAUGGCGCGGGGCAGAUGCAACAUUUUGCCAAGAAUGAUGGGCUGAACUUAUUCAGACUGCCUGUGAGCUGGCAAUUUUUAAUCAAUAGUAGCGAGUUUGCCGGCAGCGGUAGCGGUAGCAGCAAUGCCACCAAUGGACCUUUCAACAACGGCACGAUGGGACCGUCUAAUAACUCGACCAGGGGGCCAUUCACAAAUUCAACCAUGAUGCCAGGAAAUGGGACGACUCGGGGGAAUCGAACACCAGCCUCCAAUGCUGCUACGGGGACACUAGAUGCGACUAAUUUCGCAGAAUAUGAUAUGCUUGUCCAAGCAUGCCUUGCAACAGGGGCGACUUGUGUUAUUGAUAUUCACAACUAUGCUCGAUUCAACAAUAAGGUCAUUGGACAAGGUGGCCCAAGUAACGCGGAUUUUGCGAAUUUGUGGUCGCAGAUUGGUACCAAAUAUGCCAAAGAAGCCAAGAUAAUCUUCGGUAUAAUGAACGAGCCUCACGAUAUCCCCGAUCUCUCCCUCUGGGCGGCGACCGUCCAGGAAGCCGUAACAGCCAUCCGGGCAGCGGGCGCAACAACGCAGCGAAUCCUCUUGCCGGGGACGGAUUUCACAUCCGCACAGACAUUCAUAAGCAAUGGCUCGGCGGGGAAUCUAAGCACAGUGAAGAACCCGGAUGGGAGUCUCGAGGGGCUGAUUUUUGAUGUGCAUAAGUACUUGGAUGUUGAUAAUAGCGGCACACAUCGGGAGUGUGUUAGCGACCAUGUCAAUGACACGUUCAUGCCGUUGGGUGCUUUCUUGAAGAAGAACAAUAGGAUGGCGAUGUUGAGUGAGACUGGAGGCGGCAAUACAACCUCUUGCCUUCGGGAUCUCUGCGCAACCCUGAAGUUCAUUAACAACAACCCCGACGUCUAUCUUGGUUAUGCUGGAUGGGCUGCCGGUGGAUUCUCUCCCGAGACCUAUGAACUCACCAUGACGCCUAGAGGGUCCAAUGGUAACUUCGUAGAUCAGGAUAUUGUGAAACAGUGUGUUGUUGAGACGCGGGGUGUGGCUUCAAAUGCUACGGCAAAUGGGGCCCUAAGCGGAGCGGCGGCAGACCCGGGGAACUCGAAAGCUUUCCAAAGCGCGGGGACAAAGGGGAUGGCUCCAGCCUCUGGGAGUGGGUUGGUGCUAGGUGUUAUGAUGUUGAGGGUUUUUUCGAUACUGUAG